UGGCCGAGAGAUAACCUUCACAUAAAACACAAUGUAUUGCAUUACAGAAUAUUAUAUCUGUCUUUCAAUUUAUUUUUAAAACUAAUAUCAUGAAUCGUGGAAAAAUAUCGUCUUACAAAAUGGAUAGUUCUAUGGAUACUCUCACGGGUUUUGAUUCAUAUUUGCCCGAAAUUCUGUUGGAAACUGUACUAACUGUGAUCAACAUUGAAUCUUUUUUCAGUGCCAUAAUGUCAGACAAUAGUUGUUGCAAAAAGUAUCUAUUUUUUCGACUGAAGCAAAAUAAACUGACAUUCGGUCUUUUACCACAAUUUACACAAAAAAUGAAACAAAUGCUUUUUGACUGCGGAUCUUGCUUAGCGAACACCGAGGCGACAUCUUUGAUUAAAACUUAUGGUAAAAAGAGAAAACUACUUAUCCUUUCGCUUUUCGGGAAGUUUGUUCUUGUUACUAAAUAUGAAUUGCAAUCAUUACUGGGAAUAAAAAUAAAACGAAAACUGGAAGAGGGAACAUUUAUUAAAAGACGGAUAGACAGUGACAUAUUCAUAGCCUUGCUAAUCGUAAUGAAUGUUCAUGAUGUAGAGGCAGCAAGCUAUCCAUUAGAUAUAAAAUCUACGGCUGAUGAAAACUUACAAGAGAAAGACAUUCCUAAUGCUUUCAAUAGUACCAAAUUUUCAACAAGGUUUAAAGAUGCUUCCAAGUUGACACCGGUUUUUCCACGUAUGUCCCGCACUACGACUUUGGUUGACCUGGAAAUUAUUGUAUUUCCUAAUGACAGAAAUCAAUAUAACCAGCCAGAAUAUCCAGAUAAAUAUCCUACACAAGUUACAGAAAUUGAUGCAGGACAACCGUCAUUUGAAUCCUAUCCUAGACACACGGCCUCAAGGAAUAUUGGCAGUGGAUCCUCUGGUGUAGGACAAACAACAAACGCUCCUAGUAUUUCAAACGAAAGACAGACAGCAAUCAAUAGCAAUUUAGUAACAUCUGGCAAUAGGAUCCCAAUUCAUAGAAAGCCUCCAAGAUAUCCCGAUUAUAUGGAACAACCAAAGAGGCAGGCAUCAUUUUCUACACCCAGAUGGUCUGUUGACAACAAACCAGAUCCCUUUCUAUUAGCAGAAUGUGGAUUUUUCUUUACAGGAAAUCAAGAUCUGGUACGGUGCUACCAGUGUGGGAUAGGAUUGAAAGAUUGGGUACGAGAAGAUGAUGUCCUUACUGAACACGUGAAACAUUCGUCCUCGUGCGAUUUCAUCGUAAUUAAGUUUGGAAAGAAUAAAAUAGAUAGAAUGAAGUUGGCACUGACAAAUGACGACAAUAAUGAGAUAGUAUCAAAUGCUUCACAACAACUACCAUAUAAAAUCCGCUCACCGAGGUAUCAGACGAUGGAAGCAAGAAUGGCGUCAUUCAAGGAUUUUCCAAAACAAAACAAUGUGUCUGCUCAACAACUUGCUGUAGCAGGAUUGUUUUAUACAGGAAAGGGAGAUUUGUGUCGUUGUUUCACGUGUGAUGGCGGUUUAAAAGACUGGAGUUCUGGAGAUGACCCUGUAAAAGAACAUGCCACAUACUUCCCUAAUUGUUCGUACAUUAUCAAGCUAAAAGGAUCCGAGUACAUCAAGCAACAAACUCGACAAAGUAAUGAAUCAAUGGGUGCAUCAGGAGGUAGCAGUGCAGUAACUCAACCAACACAGGCUUCGCCUAAUCUCCCGAUGGAUAGAUUGACAGUCACAGAUAAUGAAUACUCCAGCUUUACUGUAAGUCAAGUUGUUCAAAAGCUUGGAUACUCAGAGGUAGAAGUGAAUACAGCCAAAGCUCAACUAGAGCUGAAAGGAACCAAAUUUCCAACGGCAGAGGAAAUUGUAAAUACUUUGCUUGAUAUGCUCGAAAGGUCUGAACAUUUUCGCACUUCUACUGUACCCCAGGCAGCCCCUGAAGACAAAAAUGACUUACAAGCCCUGACAGAGGAAAAUAAAGAACUAUCCCGUCUUAUCUACUGUAUGUUGUGCAUAACUGGAGAAGCGGACAUCUUGUUUCUACCCUGCACACAUCACAGGACAUGUCACGAAUGUGCUGUUGAUCUCAUCUUCUGUCCCGUGUGUGAUGAGUUCAUAAAAGAGAAAGUCAAGACCUUCCGUUCCUAAAAUAUGCCAUCCGAAUAAUCAAGAAAUAUACUAUUUACUCUCCUUGUGUCUUUUUUUAGGAAUGGUGAUUUUGUAAACUUUAACACGUGAAUGUGAAAAGUCUGGAGACUAGCAAGUUACUUAUUUUGUAAUUGUUGACACGAAAUAGUGCUCCCUUAUUUUAAUUGUGAAGAGGUUAAAGGAAUCUAAUUUGGAUUAUUACACAUACUAUAUCAAAUUGGUAAAAAAAAACUGGCAAAGAGGGAAUUUAAAAGAAAACCAUAAUUUCAAUUCUGUAUUUUACUGUACUCUUAAUAUACAAUAUAUCAAACAAUUGUUAUUAUGUCUUCGCUGUUUAUGACAAAUCAGUUAAUCAAAGCAGAAAUAAUGAAAACAGUCAGACAGUGAAUGAGAGUUAACCGUGGUUUUAGAAGCGUUGGUAAUUUUGCAAUAUUUUUACAAUUUGAAUCGUCCUCUCUAAGAGAGACUGUAUGCUGUACGCUAACUUUGCGGUUGCCUUAUCUUUGUUGAGGGUGUUCACUCUACAUUUCAAAUCAGAGGGACUAUAAUUUUAAAACAGAAAAUCCUCUAAUACGCUCAAAGAUUCAAAAAGCAUUAAUGUUGUAAGCAAAUUUUUGUAUUUGUCAAGUCAUCUCAUAAUUAAAAAUUUAAGAUGCCUAUUCAUAUAUAUGUUGGUAGGUCUCGCAAGACAAAUGGCAAUCUUUGUUAGGUCAACAGUUUGUGUCCUUCAUUUCCGUUAUUAUUUUUUGCCGGUAUUGUUUUCAGAUUAUAUAGGAUAUAAUAUAUUCCUGCUCCAGACACUUUCUUUCAUGAGUCAAGGCCGUCAUAUGUCGAUUCAGUUGUGAUUUUUACCUCAUUAUUAACAUCCUUUUCAUGAACUAUUUCAUUUCAAAAAUAACAUUUUAGUUGUAAUCCAAUGAUAUUCACUUCAAAGUUGUUACAAAUCUGUUGCAGCUUUUUGGCUACCAAAUCAUGAUUAUCAUCAUCAACAACAUCAUAAUAAUAAUAAUCAUCAUCAUCAUCAUCAUCGAAAAGAAAUGGGGGGUUUUUUCAUGCCAAAUGAACGACAGAAUAUGGUCUGCAAUUCCAUGAAUUGUGCUAGCGAACAUCAUUAUUUUAUGUACAAAUUGAAUGAAUAAACUUUUCUGUUGUUUUUUGUUUUUUAUUUUGUUUUGAUUUUUGAUUAUCAAAUUACAUGGCAUGAUAAUGACUGUGAUUAUGAUUCUGCUUUAUCCCUGACACAUAACAAUGUUUACCGUUGAAAAUUUAGACAAUUAAUCCAUGGUAUUAUUUGCAAAGCAUGUAAAUAUGAAGCAUUAAAUAUAAAUAAUACCGACAUAAAAUUAUUAAUAACCAAAAUUGAUAAAUUAGUAUUACAUUGAUUUAUUAACAAUGCUUUUGAUUUUUUUCAAUGUUUGCUUCAUUUUGGGUAUUUUCUCGUUCCUAACAUCACUUCUGCUGUUUGAUGGGAUCAAUCUGAUUAACAGGUUAAUUUUUGCAAACAAGUGUCCUCUAUCCAAUUCACAUUAAAAGUACUGUUGUUGCUAUGGUAACAGCACAUAAUUGAGCAAUUGACAAGAACUAAAUAGCUGUUUGCUUCUGUUACAUAUUAAUGAGAAUGAUGAUUUUCUUCAUUCUGCUGCAAUAAUGUCAGCAUUUAGUUAAAUUCUAAUGUAGUACAGCAUUUUUGUUUUGUUUGUUGUAUCAGAGCUAUUUAAAAUGGCGGUGUAAUGGGAUAUUGUUUUAUAAAUUAUUCAUAACAUAUGCUUUUGUAGGGUUAUACAGUCUUUACAGUCUGUACAAAAGGUAUCAGAGUUUACAAGGUAAGCACUGAAUGCAUGUUAUGAAGUCGUUUUUAGAUUUCAGAUCAUUUUCUAAAACUUAAAAUAAAUAGUUUACACGUAGACAGAAAUAAAGUGUGCUCUAUGAUUUUUUUUUUUAUAUCUUUUAUGUAUUUUAUAAUAUUACUUACCGAGUUAAGCAUCUUACGUUUACUUGGAACAUAAUGGGCGAAUAUGUAUUUUACAAUCGGAUGUUUUACUCUAAAUUUCGAAAACAUAUACAAUGUACAUAUGUAUAUAUACAUUACAUGAAUUGUCAUAUUCAUUUUAUACCACACACAUACAUAUUACAUCUAAUACUUUAUGACUUCGACUUAUUUUAAUGUAAAAUAAUAGUGUUUAAAAUUCAUGUGACCUAUUCAAUACCAUUAUUUUAUAUAUUAUGAAAUAAAGCAGUAGUGUUGUCAUAG